UAAAACCCUUGAAAUACUCUAUGCGAUUUCAAUUUAGUUUUUGUAAAUGACGAACACUAUUAAACGCAGAUAAGUCUAUUUACUACCUACAUAGACUUAUUAUAUUCGUCAUUUACGACAGCGUCAAAAAAGUAUCGAGAACGCUUUCCGGAAAUUCUUCGUUUGGUUUUCACACUUAUAUAGCAUUGUAUUAUAUCCGAAGAAAAAUCAUAUGAUUGUCAAUCUGUCUUGUGCAAUGCUAUGAGUGUUCGAGCAGAAUAAUCGGCAAACAUGUAUUCUAAAACAUUUAUAAUUUGUCUUUGUGUGUGUGUUGGUUUUGCAACGGAGACUUCUUAUUUUGAAAUUUUGAAUGAUGUGCAAUCUAAAAUAUCAGUCGUACCGAAGUUAAGAAGUGCAAGAAUGGAUGUGUCCCAGAUUUUCACCCAGAUUGGAGAGGCACUCACUUUGGAGACUUUUGCAACCUUUCUAAGUGAGCUUGAAGCAAAAUUUGGAUCAGAAGACAAUAUCACAAUUUGUAUCAAUAAUUUGACGACAAUCUUCACUUCUGCUUUGAGUGGUGAAUCAUGGAGCUUGCAAGUCUUGGAUGCAUUUGGCAAGCUUCAGUCUGGAAUUUUGAUGUUAGACCAUGCCAGCCCUGGAUUUUACGAUGAAUGCAAAAGCAUUGGAAAGAACUCUUUAGGGGAGAUUCCCCACAAUGUGACUUUUGUCAGCCAGUACUGUACCCUUAAUGUGAUGGGGAAAAUGGGCAGUUUACCAUUACAAUAUUCAUAUGGGCUCUGUAUACCAGACACAUGUUCUGAGCUGGAUUUGGACUAUAUAGUGUAUGAAGCCUUGAAAUUACUGCCCUUGAAUAUUUCCCUGACCCCUUAUGUGUUAUGUCAGAAAAAUCAUUUGGAGUUUGAUGGGAAAGCUGUAGCAGCAAUGGUUUUCGCUGGUUUCUUCGUAUUGCUGAUUAUGAUAUCUACCAUUCUGGAUAUCUUGAUGAUGUGGAUGGGUAACAACUCUAUGUUUGAGACCAAGUCAACUAGUGCUAAUGGAGUCCCUCAUUACGCACACAAAAUUAGCAAUGAGGAGACUCCUCUCCUAGGCUCGCCCACAACUAAUGUUGCCGAGAUUAAUCCAAAACCAGGAUAUUUGAUGAAGUUCUUUUUGGCAUUUUCUGUGUACUCGAAUGGCAAGAAGCUUCUGAGCACAAAAAAAACUGCAGGCACCCUUGGGGCUGUUAAUGGAGUGCGGGUCUUUAGCAUGUCCUGGGUCAUAUUGGGGCAUGUAUUUGCAUUUGGUCUUGGAAUAAUUGGGGAUAUUGGAUAUUAUUUUCCAUUAGUCUUGAAAAGAAGGUCAUACCAAGCCAUCUUGAAUGCAUUUGUCUCUGUGGACUCUUUCUUUGUACUGAGUGGACUGCUGGUUGCAUAUUUACUGCUGAAAGAGCUCAGAAGAAAUGAAGGAAAGAAAAUCAACUGGAUUGCCUUUAUUGCAAAGUUUUAUUUCCAUAGAUACUGGAGAUUAACGCCUCCUCUCAUGUUUCUUAUGCUUAUUUAUGUGCCACUUUUCCCAUAUGUGUCAGAUGGUCCAUUUUGGGUGCAGACUGGAUUUGAGGCGGGACAAUGUAAUAAGACUUGGUGGCAAACCAUGCUUUACAUUAAUAAUUUUUAUGAUGAGGAGUGCAUGGCGUGGACCUGGUAUUUGGCCAAUGAUAUGCAGUUUUUCAUAUUAAGUCCAAUUAUCAUUAUCCCUCUAUACUAUUCUAAAUGGAUUGGUGGGAUAAUUGGAACUACAUUCCUCUUUGGUAGCUGGGUUGCCACAGGAAUUAUAUCUAACUACUUCAAACUGCCAGCCUCUCAGCUUGAGCAAUUAGCUGACCAACAAUCAAUGGGUACUCACUACUUCAAUGAAUACUACAUCAAACCCUACUGCAGAAUAGGGCCCUACCUAAUGGGAAUAUUGUUUGGAUAUUUGUUGUACAAAACAGACUGCAAGCUGAAAAUGAAUAAGGUGCUGAAUGUAUUUAUAUGGAUGGUGGCUAUAACACUAGGCUGUUUAAUAGUGUAUGGUUUAUAUGACGAUAUCAAUGGCACUGUACACUUGUCACAGAAUGUGAAAGACUUGUACAAUACAACACACAGGACGGUGUGGGGAGCCUGUGUAGGCUGGGUAGUGUUUGCCUGUGCCACUGGAAAUGGAGGAUUUAUCAACACAUUGCUGUCCUGGAGUUUCUUCACACCCCUAGCACGCCUGACAUACUUUGCAUACCUUGUACAUCCGAUCCUUAUAUACGGAUACUACUACAGUCUCAGAACUCCACUGUACAUUGAUGACCUUACCGUGGCUGUUGUCUUCACAGCGCUGAUGGUGUUCACAUACAUGGCUGCCUUUGUGCUGUCCCUUGCCUUUGAGGCUCCAAUGCUGGGUCUGGAGAAAAUCAUGUUCAAUCGGGGCACACCAAUCGAUAAAAUAAAUGCUGCACCUAAAUCUAACCACAAUGAGCAGUAGUUAUAUUUUAAUUGAAAUUUACUUUUGUGUGUUUUAGAUCUUUUAGACAGUAUAAUAGUAUAUGCUUCCUUUUAUAUGAUUAUUUUUUAUAAAUGAUAUGCUCAUUGGACAUAGAUAUCAACUGCAAGUAUUGAAGAAAUAUGUACAAUCAUACAUGUAUUUCUGCAAUUGUUUUUGUAGAAACAAAAAACAUGUCAUCUCAAAAUUACGGUUGCAGGAUGAUUUUGUACAUCUUCAUUACCAGAAAUUAAUUAAUGGGUUACUAGUUGUUAGUCAGUACCCAUGUGUAUAUUUUUAAACAUUCCUAUUUUUUGCAUAUACAAUAUGUACAUGUAGUAAUGUGCAUGACAUUUGAUAUACCGGUCGUUUUUUAGGUCUGAAAUUCUUUGUGAUACAAAAUAUAAACUGCAAGAGCACGAUUCCUAUCUAUAGAUAUAAUAUAUAUAUAUAUAUAUAUAUAUAUAUAUGUAUAUACUUGUUCUGAUUCGUAUAUCGAAAUAUAUAUGUAUGUAUGUAUAUAUAUAUAUAUAUAUAUAUAUAUAUAUGUUUUGAUUUGUGCCAAAUUAUUGAUGAACUUUUUAUUAUAUAUUUUCCUCUAGGUUGGUAGAGAGUAGACACAUUGUUGAUUUUGUGAUAUAAGCAGAUAUACAUCGCACUGAGUAAAUUUGCAUCAUGUACAUAUAUCUUCGCUAUCCAGGAUCUUGGCAUAUACAUGCAGAUUAUUUCUUCAUAGAUUUAUCAUUGAGACAGAUAUAUAUUUCUUGAUGUAUUUCAGUAUCAGUUUACAGCAUAAUAAAUGUGACCUCUUUUCAAAGAUAUAACUGUAGAAGAUAUUGUUGUAAUAGAUGUAUUACUACAGAGAAAAUAUAAAAAAAAAAAAAAAAGCCAUUUUGUCAGCAAUAUUCUAGUUGUUAUGCAUAACUAAGCAUUUCGUAUGUCUCGCUACUUCCUGAUGACCGUUUACUUGGUUUGUGUAUCAUCUGGACAUUUAGAUACAUCGAUGACAUUUUAUCUAUUAACUAUUCAUUUAUCUAUUAACUAUUCAUUUAUCUGUUAACUAUUCAUUUUCGUUUGUAUGUUGAUUUGAUAUAUCCUAGUGAACUUGAAAUAAAAGACACCACAAUCUU